UUAAACUUCUAAGAGAGCAUAAUGAAAGGAAUACUGUUAUUGUUCUUUUUUGCGACGGCAUCCGCUGAAAUUGUUGGAUAUUUUAAAGAAUAUGAAGUUCAUCACUUUACUUUAGAAGGUCCAUCAAGCGACACAAUUUAUGAUUUUGAUAGAGAUGCAAGAAUUAUUAAUGGAAGUGACGCUGAACCAGGUCAAUUUCCAUUUGUUGCAAGACUUUCAAUAACUCGUAGAAAUCCAGAGACAGAAGUAUCUUCUGGAACACUUUGUACAGGAUCAUUAAUUCAUGAACAAUUUGCUUUAACUGCAAGUCACUGUGUAACGCCAAAUUCAGAUUGGAUCACAAAUGUUGCAUUUUUAAUUGGAACAGUUAAUAGAAAUGUCCCUGGAACGAUCGUUAACUCUGCCGAAUUUUGGUUCCUUGAACAACCUGCAACUCUGGUUAAAGAUCUUGCAAUGUUUCGAUUCGCACAGCCAAUUGUUCGCACAGCCCUAAUAGAUUUUAUUCGAAUUCCUUCUCGUGUACAAACUAAUUAUGAAUUUGUAGGCUGGCCAGUCACUACGAUUGGAUGGGGGCGUGAUAAUACAGGAGCAAGCACAGUUCAUCUGCAGUAUGCAAACUUUUUAGUACUUUCUAUCAACGUCUGUAGCACUCGCUUUACAGAAUAUGAAAUUUGUUAUGUCGACAAUGGUACAGAUUCAAUGACUCAACCGGGUGAUUCAGGUGGACCAGUUAUUGUCAGAGAAGGAGAUCACAUGACACAAAUUGGAGUUCAUGCAGGUCGCCGAACUGUAGAUGGAUUUAGUUUCCAUUCAGCUGCAAGACUUUCAACAUUCCUUGACUGGAUUCAUGAGUAUUCAGGAAUAACGAUUAGAGAUUCAUAAAUCAUAUCAGCAACUGUAAAAUUACAAUUGACAGGUCUUAAUGAAAAUAAAAUUAAAUAUUCAAACCAUUUAUUUCAAAUCAAAAUUUUGCUUUUAAUCUGCUUGAAG